AUGGAAAACAACGCUUGCUGGACAGUCGCUCGCCUCGAUGACAACUCGGCUGAGAGGGGACAUGUACAGCGAACAGCAGUAGUCAUCUAUGGUCUGACGUCCUGGUCAGACACGAUCAUUUCAUCGGGCUUUAAUGGCCAGAUGAUUGGAAGCAGCAUUGUUUACAUGCACACCGCAGCCAUUUCUGACCUGAAGAUCAUACUCGUAAAUCCAGACGUGCAGAGACGGAGGUGGCUGCGACACAAUCGUCGGGGCCCAGUGUUGACAGUGUCAACCACCAGUGGCAACAAAUCCAUACACGAUCGACACAUGUUUGCGCAGGAAUCGAGUCGAGGAACCGGAACCGAGGCGCCACCGGGGACCACCACCGCCAUGGUCCGUCGUUGGUUGGCGGGUUCGUGCCUUACGCCCGGCAUGACAGGGUUCAUCUUCGGACUUCAUCGACGAGUCAGCGCAUUAACCGCCUUGGACCUUGGACGAAAACGAUGCCAAUGA